AUGGAAGUGAGAACAUCGAAUUCUCCAUCUUAUGGAUGUAAGAGUAUGCUUGCAGCACAAGAUUUCCUUCGGGAAGGCCUGCGGAAAACCAUAGGUACUGGAGAUAGAACUCGAGUUUGGCUAGACCCACAGGUACCGUCAAAUCCGGCACUGGCAGCCAAUGACGUCGGUAUCCAUCGGGACCAGAAUCUCCUUGUUAAACAUCUUAUUGAACAAGAUACAAAACAAUGGAGAAUUGACGUACUACAGUCCUUGGUUGACCCAGCUAGAAACGAAAAUGUUUUUAGCAAGACGAUCCUUCCUCCGGAUACCGUUCAACAUGCGACCCGGGAAGAAGAAGAAGAAUGGAGAGUUGCACAAAUCAUUGCAGACCAUGUACAACCUCAAGAAACCACCAUACAGGAACAUGACGACAACGAGAGUAAUUCACACCUACCAAGAUGCCAAGUGGAUGCGUCUUGGGUGAAAAACUUAGAUUUUGUUGGUGGCGGUUGUGUUUUCGAAGUGGAAACAGGAACUACUACUUAUGGUUCCUUUGGGAUAGACCAAGUUCUAUCUCCCUUGCACGCUGAGUUUAAUAUCUUGCGGUUUGCAAUGAAAACUGCUUUACAGUUGGGAUAUUUAACUAUGUCCUUUGAAUCGGACUGUCUUCAGCUUGUUAAGCUGAUUAAUAAAGAAUAA